GACGGCCCUCUGUAUCUGUCCCCCUCCGCCAACCCCUUCCUGCUCAUCGCCAUUGAUUUCCUUCGUCGGUGACGUCUCGCUUGGAUCCGUCCAAUCCGAGCAAGGUUGCCAUCGUCUCAUCUCACCCUUGGCUGUUUGGGAAGGAGAAGCCGGGGACAAAGAGAGAGGAGGAGAGAUGUCCAAGGUAUACACCCUCGAGGAGGUCGCCAAGCACAACACCAAGGACGACUGCUGGCUCAUCAUCGGCGGCAAGGUGUACAAUGUGACGAAGUUUCUGGAAGACCACCCAGGAGGCGAUGAUGUCCUGUUGUCCUCGACUGCCAAGGACGCGACUGAUGAUUUUGAGGAUGUUGGGCACAGCAGCACUGCUCGUGCGAUGAUGCAUGAGUACUACUUGGGCGACAUCGACUCAUCUACAAUCCCUGCCAGGACGAAGUAUGUUCCCCCCAAGCAACCACACUACAACCAGGACAAGACCUCGGAGUUCAUCAUCAAGAUCCUCCAGUUCUUGGUUCCCCUCGCGAUUUUGGGUUUGGCUGUUGCUGUUAGGAUCUACACCAAGUCGGAGUCCGCUUAGCUUUGUUGCCCUUGCCCCUUGGCGUUGUCAGAGUCGAAUGUGUCGAAUAAGUUAGCAAGAGUUUUGUGAGGUUUAUAUGUGUAACUCGUCGUGGAUUCGUCGAAUGUUCUGAGCCGCUGUGGGUUCUGUGGUCUUGAGAUGUCCAUUUGGUGAUUAAGAUGGGAUUGGAACACAAACUAUAACUUCAUUUGUUAUCUCAGUUGUUGGUGACUUUGCA